ACACAACUUGACACUUUUCACCAACUUUUCCACACAUAUCCCGGAGAAAUGGAGACAAAGACGCGAGAUGUAUGCCAGGGUGAUGGCGGGAAGGAGAGAUCGUCUGUCCGUCAGGAGCGUCCUGGCAUCUGGAGCGUCAUGGCAUCCUGGUUAGCUGAACCAGUCGGUGUGGAAGUGGAUCACACCGAGAGUCAUGCAACCGCUUCCCAGAUUGCUGAGACCACUGGGCGUACCGAUGAUCGCCGUGACUCUGUGGCGUCGCCCCGAGAGGCAACUGUUGCCCAUCAGGGGGAAGGCGACGUGAAAGGCACGGCCGGUCACAGCCGCGGUCGGGCUGUCCGUCGAGCCGCUCCCUCUUCCCGCAGAGCCAAGCGGUCAGCUUCUGAGAAGACGACUGCUGGUGCAUCGAGGGUCCGUCGAAAGCGGCAGAAGAGGAAAGUCGACGAGGUCGAAGGCGACUCUCGACCCCAGCCGAAGAGAAAGGCACCAGCGGGUCCACCACCAGGUACGUACCGCGAUCCCCGCCUGUCUAGAGUGGCGCUCAUCUACCGAGACGUGGUCGCUGGAGAGCGGGUCCUGGUCAACUACAUCCCCGACGAUCCCUGCCCGUGGGAGUCUCCCGACGGCGAGGAACUGUCGGCCUGCCAUGAGGGCGCCACCCCCAGCGACGUCACCUUCGACGCCGCCUACCGCCAGUACCAGGACUUUCACACCAGGAGGCUGCUUUCUGAGGUAGCCAGCAAACUCACGAUGUGGCUGGACAACCAGGAGAGGGUGUAA